UCGCAGCGCAGAGAGGAGCCACCCGCCCUCCCCGCGCCGGGCCCGCGUCGCUCGCCGGAAUCCGGUACCGCGGCCGCAUCGGGUCGGCCCCUUCCGCUCGUUCCGGGCUCCCGGCAUGGGCAUGCAUCUUUUGCGGGGACUGCGGCUCUGGGGGCUCGGCGCCUCCGCAGGCCUGGUCGCCGCGGCCCGAGCCCCCGCCGCCCGCCCCGGCUCCCGCCCCCCGCCCCGCCUCCGCGCCCCGCCCGCCGAUCCCCGGCCCCGCCCCGGCCUCCGCCUCCGCCUCCGCACCCCCCUCCCGGCUAGCCCCAGGUCGCAGCGCCAGGCCGCCGCCGCCUGCAGAGACCCGCCGCCGACCCACGCCAGCACUAUGGAGCGCACCGGAGCCGGAGGAAUAAAUUCCAAUGAGUGUGAAAAUGUGUCAAGAAAAAGGGAAAUGUCAGAAGAAUUUGAAGCCAACACAGUGGAUUCUCUGGUAGAUUUGCCAUUUGCUACUAUCGAUAUUAUAGAUGAUUGUGGAAUCACUGAUGUACCUCACAUAAAUUUGGAGAGAAGUAAAGAAAAUGAAUGGAACAAUAAAGAUAAAAUAAAGAAGAGGAAAAAAAAGCAAAAAGAUCAUCAACCCAACUAUUUCCUAUCCAUUCCGAUCACCAACAAAGAGAUUACAAAAGGAAUUAAGAUCCUGCAAAAUGCAAUAAUACAACAAGAUCAGCGACUGGCCAAAGCAAUGAACAGUGAUGGUUCCUUUCAUGUUACCCUGCUAGUGAUGCAGUUAUUAAAUGAAGAUGAAAUAAACAUUGGUAUUGAUGCUCUUUUGGAAUUAAAACCAUUUGUGGAAGAAAUCCUCCAAGGAAAAACUUUGACUUUGCCCUUUGAAGGGGUUGACACUUUUGGAGAUCAGGUUGGAUUUGUGAAGCUGGCAGAAGGAGAUCACAUAAACCCACUUUUGGAGAUAGCAGAUGCUGCAAAAAGGACAUUUCAAGAAAAAGGUAUCUUGGCAGGAGAAAGCAGAACUUUUAAGCCUCAUUUGACCUUCAUGAAAUUGUCCAAAGCACCAUGGCUCCGGAAGAAGGGAGUGAAAAAAAUAGACCCCAAAUUCUAUGAAAAAUUUAUCAGUCACAGAUUUGGAGAAGAAAUGGUACAUCGCAUAGAUCUUUGCUCCAUGCUGAAGAAAAAGCAAAGUAAUGGUUAUUAUCACUGUGAGUCUUCAAUUGUGAUUGGCCAGAAACCUAUUGGAAUCCGGGACUUAAUUAAUGAAGCUUUGCGUCGAGAGAGGAUGGGUCUGCAGUCCAAAGUGAAACAGAUAAAGGAACUUUUAUUAAAGCCUGAGACUCAGGCCAAAAUUAGGAGGGAGCUUUUUGAAGGAAGAUUCAUUAACAACAGUAAUGAAGGAAAUGAUGUUGAUUUCAGCGCAAUUUUGACUUAAGCUCUACAUUGCUAUCGUGGUACCAGAGUUUAUGAAAUCUUUUCAGCUCAUUAAAUAGCUCUUUGGUAAAUACCACAGAAGUGUUCUGAUAGAGUCUGCACAACAGCAAACCAACAUUGGUAAGGAGUUAACAAUUUCUUACGAAAGAAAACUGAUUCUGCACUGUUAUUUUUAAGCUAAACUUGUGUUUUAGAAUGUUUAUCUCUAUAAUACUGAGAUUCAUUUUAUAGAAAGGACUUCUUAAUUAGCCAUUGUGAGAUGUUCGUUGGGUCCUCACAAAUAAAAUAUACAGACUGUGGAAAAUCAUUUACAGACAAAAAAAAAAAAAAUACAGUAUUUUAAGGGUAACUUGUCUCCUGUUGACAUGAUUUUUGUUGUUAAAUCAAAAGAAGCAUUGUUCACAUGUAUCUAUGCCUAGUGUUACUUUUAAUGAGACUUUGAAUGUUUUUUGAUCACUAGUACUUGAAUGAACAUUUAUAAAUGUAAUUAUUGCAGUCACUGGUUAAGAAUGUUUUAUAAUGUCCAUAUGUGUUAUUUUUCAGUGAUCAAAAUGUAAUUUGCUUUUUCAUUUCUUAAUGAAUGUUUGGGAUUUUUUAUUUUCUACUUUUCUGAAGAUAAGCCCCCGGUCUUACUGUAUCCCUCAUAAUCUGAAUUUGUUUGCACUGGUUCAUUUUUAAAGAAAAUUCUUGAAAAGUUUCCCUCCCAUACGAUAAUCACUGGUAACAGCUUUUUCUAUAGUCAGUGUAAAAUUGCUGCUACUAAGAGAUCAUGAUGGAGGGGGAAAUUAUUAGAGAUCAAAUAUGUAAUCAUUUCAAAGAUAAAAAUCCAGUUUACUCAUGGAUUUUAGCUAUUUUUUCACUGGGUAAAUUAUACUACAUUUAUUUAUAAGUGAGUUUAUGCAUUUUCAUGCCUGUUAAUAAAUGUAUUGUUUUCCCUUGUU